UCAAGCACUGCGAAAGCCCAAAUUGAGAAACCUCGCUUGCUCGCCAAUCCCUCUCGAAUCCUUGUAUCCGCUCUUACGCGCGGAGAGAGAGACAGACAGAAGAAGAAGACGACGAGGACGAAGAAGAAGAAGAAGGGUUAGGGUUAGGGUUUUCCCACCAAUUGGGCAGAAUUCUGAUCGGAGACGAACCAACAGGAUGUGGCACGAGGCGAGGCGAUCGGAGCGGAAGGUCCACGACAUGAUGGACGCGGCGCGGAAGCGAGCCCAGAGGCGAGCCAUCUUCCUCGCCAAGCGCCGCGGCGAUCCCCAGCAGUCCAUCCAGCUCGUCGGAACUCGUUGUCGUUUGUACCGCGACGACGGUCUCUACCAUGCCACCGAGGACCAGCAAGGCCUGAUUCCUUGGAAUGGGAAACAAGAUGUUUUAAUUGACAGAUUUGAUGGGCGCGCUCUUCUUGAUUUCAUUCGGGAACCUGGGUCUCGACAUUUCCGGGCCCAAGAAAAGUCUGAAGAAGAGGAAGAAUUAGAAGAGUUUGUUAAUUUUGAGCGUUAUCGGGAUUUAAUUAAGCAUCGGCGUAGAGGAUUUACUGAUGAGGAGGGUUUGCAACAUGUGGAUCAAGAACUGGAGGCAAAGGUUACUGCUUCAUUUGCACCACAGAGAUCUCAAGUGGCACAACCUCCUGCAACCAAAGGUUCUUAUUCACAGGUUGGAUUCUCCUAUGAAGGGGAUGGAAAAGAGGAAACUCAUGUUUCAGACCAUGACGAUAUUGAUGAAGAUGACGAUGAUGAUGAUAACGAUGACGAAGAUGAUGAUGAUUUCAAUAGUGAUGAUAGUAAUGAUGAAGGGAUGGAUAAAAUAGCGAAGGAGUUUGGAGUACAAAGGUAUGGUUGGCUUGUUUACAUGGACAAGAAAGCUAAGGAGGAAGAGAAAAGGCAGAAAGAGGUGAUCAAAGGUGAUCCUGCAAUUAGGAAGCUUAGUCGCAAGGAGAGAAGGAAAGUUUCUCAGAUAGAAAGGGAGAGAGAAAGGGAAGCUGCACGGAUGACUGGAAGUCGUGUCCUCCAUCAUGAUCCCUACCGUGAAACAAGGCGAAGUCCAACAUAUGAAGCCUAUCCUCGUUCAAGAAGAUCAAGAUCAAGAUCAUACUCACCAUCAUACUCUAGGCGUUAUCCUCGUGGUCGGCAUUCUGAUGAUAUUCAUCGAAGCAAACCAGUGACUCCUAAGAUAGAAUACAUUACUGAAUUUGGUGGCUCUGGCGCUGGUGCGAGUGAAACAAGGCUUGAAGGAUUUUCUCCACCAUCUUCUCCUCCAUCACAGACUGAUGUGUUAAACCGGCCAUCAUCCGGUCACAUACUUGAGGCACUGCAUGUUGACCCUGCAUCUGGUGUAUCUUUAAAUAAGGACAAGGGCACUAAAGUGCUGAAACCGUCAGUAAGCACAUCCUCAGCAUUAGCAAAGUUAACUAAGGCAAGUACUUCUGGGGGCUCACUGAAACAGCCAGAGGGGGAGAAAAAAGAAACUCCUCAGGAAAGACUUAAGAGGAUCAUGAGCAGGCAGCUAAAUAAGCAAAUUAAGAAAGAUACAGCCGCAGAAAUGGCUAAAAAACGAGAGCAGGAGCGCCAGAGGUUAAAAAAACUUGCAGAAACAAACCGAGUAAGUCGAUAUAGGCAUCGUAGUCGUAGCAGGAGCUACAGCCGUUCCCCUCCAAGAAGGUACAGGCGAAGUAGAAGCCCCAGUAGAAGCAGGGGUUCCCGAAAAUAUAAUUCGCGUUCCCGAUCUCGUUCACUGUCGCGCUCUCCCUCUCGCUCCUGUACACAGACUCAGUCUCGUUCUCGUUCCCGCUCUUACUCCCGUUCACCAAGAAGGGUAAGAAGUCGAUCGAGAUACUAGUAAUCUUAAAGAUUAUGACGCCAAUCAAGGUUCUUUCAUGUGUUUCAAGUCCUUUUAUACUAUAAAAAUGUAGCAGUGAAUCAAUCAGCAUAUGCCUGAGAUUAGUGUUGUUUUUUGUUUUUAUAGAUAUAUAUAUUUUUAU